UUCCUUCUAUUUCACAGGCUAUACCAAUGUCACUUCAUUUUAUUAUAAUACAUGCUAAUCGAUCUUGCAGUUCCCAGAGUCCUCAUCUACCAGAAGCACAACUAUCUGGUCCUCUGUGCUUCUUCCACCCUUGCCGCCAGAGGAUGCCACCCAUCAGCACAGAUUGUUUUGGCUCAGAGGCUAUUUUGAGCAGUGCUGCCAGAAGAUGCAGAUCGGGAAGGAAGCAGAGCAACCAGGCACGAGCGAUGGUAUCAUCAGUGCUGCCUCAUAGGUGCUGCUUCAUCAGGUCGAUUCUUCCGCGCAAGACACGGAGGCCUUCAUCGAGCUUCACGGAAACCUUCGCAUCUUACAUGGAGACUGUAAAGAUUCCAACAGAUGAGCUUCUGGAAGCCAUGCUAAAGAAGCUGGGUCUUCUAUGUCCCAAGUACGACAACAAGCACGCUGGCGGAGGAUGCUUUGAAGUAACCCUAACAUUCUACCCUUCUCGGCAUUAUCUGCAAUCUUCGCUUCCUCCGCACUCAAAAUAGAGGUCUGCGGGUUGGUUAUCCAGGAUGGCGAGUUCAUGUGCAAGUGGAUAUUUGUGUUGAGCGGGACCAGGAACGCCAAGUGCAUCUUUGUUGCUGAGCACAUCAAGGAAUCUGUGUAUCAGUCGGCUAAUAUUCAGCUUCCAUAUACAUACCAGCGCUGCAUUAGCCUUCUGUGCAUUCAUCAUCUAACAUUAUACAAGGAUUUAUCUUCUUUCCCCAGAAGAAAAAGGGCACAUUUCAGCGUUCUAGGUUUGUGCUGAAGGCGCUACAUCUGCUGCGGGGUGAUUACUUGUCAAAGAUGGGAUUAUGAAGUUACUUAGACUGUUGUUUAGUUACCUCAUUGUAGUUUGCGUUGUUUUCACUUCUGUGUGGUUAUCAAGAAUAUUUUAUUGAUUAAAAUGACAGCGGUGGACCAUAGCCUA